AUGAACCCCCCUCAGCCUCCUGGGCCUCCUCCUGGGCCUCCUCCUAGGGUCUCCGAACACUCCAUCAACUCAUCAUACUUUGCCCCCUACUUCAACGAUCUUCACGAUCACCGUAAAAGAUCUCGGUUCAGAAUGCUCGAAAACGUUGGUGAAAACAUUUCUGACAUGACAUGGAAAUGGAAGUACAAGCUCCUCCACCGCAAGAAAUCUCCUCUCGAUGAGCCGCUUGAUCUCGAGAAAGAGUACAAGGAGGAGGAGCCCGAGGAGAUCAGCAACAAAGAUCCCUCGUUUGGUGCCGACACCACCAUACAAACCCUAUACGAGGGAAAGCACUCGGACCCUACGAGAAACAAUUGGGACUGGCAAAACUUCCCACCCAAGCAAGUGUCCAAGGCCAUUGCCAGGGCACGAGACCGUGUUGCCAUCAAGGUCUACAAGAUCAAAGACAUUCAGAAGGGCGCUAUCUCAAACCGAUACCCUCUCAAGUAUCACAAAGUCGACAUCCAGAACCCUCUUCUUGUCAGCGCAAUCGAGCCUAUCCUGAAGAAGGAAAAUCUCCAUCUCGAUGUCCACGAUAACGCUGUCUUCAAAGAGCCUUUCCGCCCUCUGUGGUUCUGUCAAGAUGAGAUCCGGGACUUGUAUCGCAACACCAAGCAGGACGAUCCGCUCAAGGGAUAUCUGCAACUGCUCCUCAGAGUUCUUGAUGAGAUCUUCCGCGAUCUCAAGAUCAAGCGACGCAAUUUGCUUGACAAGGAUCUCAUUGACUUCCGAACAGCCUGGACUCUAUUCCCCAGAGACUCUACAGCCUACAGCUACGGAAUGAACUCCGAGUUCAUUGCAAAGGUAGAUGGCACGGAGUAUGACACCAAUGAGGGUGUUAUGCAGCUCGUCCUGACGGCCAAAGUCAUGGCUUUCAACGGCGAGGAGUUCAUCUGGAGAAAGAAGUCACUUACGAUCAACGAGUUCGCUGGAAACAAGCCCAUUCGUGAACUUCGUCAUUACCCUUUUGAAAUGCACCCAGAGAAAGAUGCCAUCGAACAGCGCUUGGUGUCUCGGGGUCGCAAGGUUCUUGACCUACAAGGCUUGGCUUAUUGCUCAUACAACGGCAUCGCUCUGCACCCGGGAGAAUCUGGCGUUGAAAAGCACAACGUGGAGGGCCGUAUCCUAGUCGACGUGGUCGGAUAUAACAAACACCACCUUGCCCAAGGAAAGCGUGAAAAUAAGGACCCAGAGAUUGAGGUGGUCGAUACAUCGCGCCGCCGCCGUAAACAGGAUCUCGCCGACGCCAAACCUGAGGGCAAACAACCCAAGGCACAGCAGAAGAGGCUCAAUGAGGAGGAUCAGGCAAAGAACAGGGAAGAGCUUCUUCGGAAGCCCAAAGAGCUUGCAUUCAUGACCGAGCUCAUUGGUGGAUAUGCAUUGAAGAACAAGCUCUGGGUCUAUUUCUAUGUCGAGGAUCUUGAGCCGAUUGUCUGGAACGAUCAAGCUUACUCCCACCUCGUCUUUGACGAACAGCAAAAGGAUCUAGUACUGUCGUUUGUUCAGAAUCACAGCCUUGCCAACGGCGCCAAAACGGCUAUGGAAGAUGUAAUUGUCGGCAAGGGUCAAGGUCUCAUCAUGCUUCUGUCUGGCCCCCCUGGAACAGGAAAGACUCUCAUGGCCGAAGCGAUUGCGGAUCGCACCCAUCGUCCUCUCUUCUAUUUGCAGGCUGAAGAUCUUGGUAUUAAUGCUGCCGCUCUGGGUGCAAACAUCAAGAGAGUGUUUGAGAUGGCUACGGAGUGGAACGCUGUCAUCCUGCUUGACGAAGCCGACGUCUUCAUGGCGGAGCGUAACCCCAAUGACAUCCAUCGCAAUGAACUCGUCAGCAUCUUUCUUCGCGAGCUCGAGUACUAUCGCGGCAUCAUCUUCCUCACUACCAACCUGUACCAUACCAUUGAUACGGCGUUCCGCAGCCGAGUCAGCUUGCAUCUCCUCUUCAAGUCUCUCACCCGUGAGGCUCGCGAGACCGUCUGGCGCAAGUUCCUCAAACGCCUGUCUGACAGUGAUCGCAUCACAGAUGUCACGGACGAAUCUCCUGCCACGGGUUCCACCACGCCUAGAAACGCCAGCACAGACGAGGAUGCUGGAGGAGAGGUCACCGCAGCCUAUGAAGACAAACCGCUUGAUGCCGAGGACAUUAAAGAGCUGUCACUUUGGCAACUCAAUGGACGAGAGAUCAAGACAGCUGUCAAGAUGGUACGCAGCUGGUGCGAUCACAAGGGGUAUAUCAUGACGCUGUCGCGAUUGGAGAAUGGCAUCAAGGUGACAAGCCCCCAUUCGAACAAGGACGGCGACGUUGAUAAGGAUCUUUACGAGUAA